CGUGUGAUCUCCUCGGCAGAGCUUUCUAACCACGAUACCGAAGCUGCCGGGUACUGGGUGGCUAUCGACGGGGUCGUAUGGGACGUCACAGAGUUCAUCCAAUCGGGGGCUCAUCCGGGUGGGAGCAAGGUCUUGGCUCAGAAUACUGGGAGGAACGCGACGAGUGUAUACAAGCCGUUACAUCCGCCCGGCACGAUCGAGGACAAUCUGGAUCCCAAGUUCAAAGUCGGCAUUAUCGAUCCUAGCGAGGCCAAUUCCCUAGCUCCCGAACAAUCCGAGGCCGAGAAGAAACUACAAGAAGCGAGGGACAAUAUGAUGGGCGUGGAUGGGAUGGUCAACUUGGACGAUUUCGAGAAAUUGGCUAGGACGAUCUUGUCGCCCGCAGCUUUAGCUUAUUAUGAGAGUGGUAGCGAUGACGAAUGGACGCUGCACGAGAACAACAACGCCUACCGCAGGAUCCGAUUCAGACCUCGAGUCCUGCGCAAGGUCAAAGAAGUCGACACCUCCACCGAGAUCUUGGGUGUCAAGAGCACUGUACCGUUCUUUAUCGCCCCGGCGGCUUUGGCGAAAUUGGGGCAUCCGGAUGGGGAGGUCAAUUUGACCAAAGGAGCGGCCGAGACGGGUAUCGUCCAGGUCAUCUCCUCCAACGCUUCAUGUUCGCUGGAAGAACUCGCCGAGGCGAGAGCUCCUGAUCAGACGCUCAUGUGGCAGUAUUACGUCGCCGCCGACAGGGCACGAGCGGAAAAGACGCUCAGAAAAGCGUUGGAUCUGGGUAUGCAGUCCAUCUGGCUCACGGUCGAUGCGCCUGUGGGAGGUAAACGUGAACGAGACAUGAAGGAAAAGAUUGCUCGAGAUCCGGACGCCAAACGAGAAUCCGGAUCGGCAUCCACUAGCGCUGCCCAGUUCGCAUACGUCGACCCCGAUCUCAGCUGGGAAGACGUCGCUUGGAUACAAAAGAUCGCCGUAGGGAAACCUAUCGUGAUCAAAGGAAUCAGCUGCGUAGAGGACGCUGUGCUUGCGUUGGAGCAUGGUUGCAAGGGAAUAGUGCUUUCCAAUCACGGCGGGCGACAAUUGGAUGGCGCACGAGCACCCAUCGAGGUACUGCAAGAGAUUCGCCGCGAACGACCAGACCUGUGCGACAAGAUGGAGAUCUAUGUUGAUGGCGGGAUCAGGCGGGGCACCGAUGUACUGAAAGCGCUAUGUCUUGGGGCCAAGGCUGUCGGGAUCGGUCGGCCGUUCCUGUACGCUCAGUCCGCUUAUGGUCCGGAUGGAGUCGUCAAGGUGGUCGAGAUUCUUAAAGAGGAAAUGGCCACCGGCAUGCGAUUGCUGGGUGUCAACAACGUUUCGGAAUUGAAACCGUCGCUGGUUGAUUGCUUGCCCCUCAGUUAGGUGAACGUCGCCGACUUCUUGUCGCGCAUUUGUAAAUGGAUAUAAGGAGGACCGCCGCUGCAUGUCGUCAAGUCAUUCAUGUAGACUCGAAACAGAAUCGCAAAUGUAUAGCAUGCAUUAUUCUUUUGACAUGAUC